CGCCGCGACCGCUCGCCGCUGAUGCCGCGCGCCGCCUGACGCUCCCUCUGCCGCGACACAGCAUGCCCGCCGGAGGAGCGUGAGCCUACACCGAGUGAUCACUUGCGAACACUGUGUCCUUCUAAUGAUGAAUUAACGUGCACACUUUAUCAACUAAACUCUCGUUAAGGAUUUGCUUGGUCCCGAAUUGAGUCCGGGCAGGCGGCGCGCGGUGGCGGCGCGAUGCGCUGACGCCAUGCGCGGGCGGAGAUGCCGCGCCGUGCCGCGCCGCACCCCGCGGCCCCGCUGCUGCUGCUGGCCGCGCUGGCCGCGCUCGCCGGCUGCGCCGCCAACCCCGACGCCAAGCGGCUCUACGACGACCUGCUCAGCAACUACAACAAACUCGUGCGGCCCGUGCUCAACGUCAGCGACGCUCUCACCGUGCGCAUCAAGCUCAAGCUGAGCCAGCUCAUCGACGUGAACCUGAAGAAUCAGAUCAUGACGACUAACUUGUGGGUGGAGCAGAGCUGGUACGACUACAAGCUGUCGUGGGAGCCGCGGGAAUACGGCGGAGUCGAGAUGCUGCAUGUACCCUCAGACCACAUCUGGCGACCCGAUAUAGUUCUCUAUAACAAUGCGGAUGGCAAUUUCGAGGUGACGCUGGCGACAAAGGCGACCCUCAACUACACGGGUCGCGUGGAGUGGCGUCCGCCUGCAAUCUACAAGUCCUCCUGUGAGAUCGACGUCGAAUAUUUCCCCUUCGACCAACAGACUUGUGUCAUGAAGUUCGGCUCAUGGACGUACGACGGCUUCCAGGUGGACCUUCGGCAUAUCGACGAAGCGCGUGGCACGAAUGUCGUGGAGCUGGGUGUCGACCUGUCCGAGUUCUACACUUCCGUGGAGUGGGACAUUCUCGAAGUACCAGCCGUCAGAAAUGAAAAAUUCUACACGUGUUGCGACGAGCCGUACCUGGACAUCACGUUCAAUAUCACGAUGCGCCGCAAGACUCUCUUCUACACGGUGAACCUCAUAAUCCCCUGUAUGGGCAUCUCCUUCCUCACCGUGCUGGUCUUCUACCUUCCUUCCGACAGCGGCGAGAAGGUGUCUCUCUCGAUCUCCAUCCUUCUAUCGCUCACCGUGUUCUUCCUGCUGCUGGCUGAGAUCAUCCCGCCAACGUCUCUCGUCGUACCUCUGCUCGGCAAGUUCGUGCUGUUCACCAUGAUCCUCGACACGUUCAGUAUAUGCGUGACGGUGGUAGUGUUGAACGUGCACUUCCGGUCACCGCAAACCCAUACGAUGGCGCCGUGGGUCCGGCGUGUGUUCAUCCACGUCCUGCCGCGCCUACUCGUGAUGCGCCGCCCGCACUACCGCGUCGAUCCGCACCGCAGUCGCUUUGCAGGGCUGGUGACUGCGGUGAGCGAGAGCACGCCGUGGGACGAGAGCUCGCCGCUGGGCGGCGUGGGCGCCGUGCCGGGCGUGCCGGCGUGUGCCACGUGCCGCUCGUGCCAUCUGCACGACGCGCCCGCGCUGUGUGAUGCACUGCGGCGCUGGCAUCGCUGUCCCGAGUUAAACAAGGCCAUCGACGGCAUCAACUACAUUGCCGAACAGACGCGGAAGGAGGAGGAGUCUACUAGGGUGAAAGAGGAUUGGAAAUAUGUGGCGAUGGUGCUGGAUCGACUGUUCCUGUGGAUCUUUACGCUGGCCGUGGUGGUGGGGUCGGCCGGCAUCAUCCUCCAAGCGCCGACUCUGUACGAUGAGCGCGCGCCUAUAGACGUGCGUCUGUCGGAGAUUGCGUAUGCGACUGCGAAGCCCCGGCCUCCGCCGCCACGCUAGGGGUGGCGUCCUGAGCUAGUCUUUUUAUAAUUUAUUUGUUACGGUGAUCCAAAGAUGUCAUAAAUGUCCGUUUGUAUUUUCCGGCGUCUUGGAUCCCCACAAAACGUAAUUUUAAUGAUAUUGUAAAUAAUAUACAUACAUAUUAUAGUUUAUACGACGAAACGACACGAUCGAAAAAAUGUCGAAUUUCUUUUGAUA